AUGGACUUCGAGAAGCUUGCUAUUAGCGAGCGCAAGAUCAUCGUCGGCAUCGACUUUGGCACCACUUACUCCGGUGUUGCUUGGGCGGAAACACAACGUCCCGAUCGCCGGACUACCAUCACUACAUGGCCCGUCAGCAAGACCAUCCGAGAGGGCGAGUCCUCUGAUAAGGUACCGACAAAACUGCGGUACUCGAAGGGGGAUGUCCAAUGGGGAUUCUCGAUCCCCGUCACCGCACCGCAGAAUGAGGUCGUGGAGUGGUUUAAACUUGACAUCGACCCGACAUUGCAAGAUAUGGGAAAUACUGUGGCAAAGGAAGCCCGUGCCGGCCGCAGUUUUUGCGUCACUGUUCCAGCCAUCUGGUCCGACCUGGCAAAGGACAAGACAAGGCAGGCUUGCCAGAAAGCUCCUGGUCUGGUCGCCACGCGAUCACCAAUUCACCUGGUCUCCGAACCAGAAGCUGCUGCCAUAUAUGCACUGCAUGGCCUUGAUCCACAUGGCCUUCAGGCUGGCGAUACGAUUGUCGUCGUGGAUGCUGGUGGAGGCACGGUGGAUCUGAUUUCAUACACGAUCACCAGACUGAAGCCUAUUUUGGAGGUCCAAGAAGCUGCUCCUGGAUCUGGAGCACUUUGCGGGUCGACGUUCCUGAACUUGCGCUUCAGGAAAUUCCUCACAUCAAAAUUAGGCAGCGAAGAAGGUUUCGAUGACGAGGUUCUUGCAGAAGCCUUGGAUGUGUUUGAGAAGAAGUUCACCAUGCAAGCUGGUCCCGGCGACACAUUCAUCGUCCCUGUUGGCGGUCUUGCCAAUAACAAGGAACUCGGUAUCAGCCGCGGCCGCUUUUCGCUGAAAUUGGCCGACCUGCAAACCAUCUUCGAGCCGGUCAUCCUCGAGUGCAUCAAGCUCGUCAGCGCCCAAAUCGCCGCCUCGGGUGUUCCCAUCAGCGCAGUCCUUCUUGUCGGCGGCUUCGGCGCCUCCAACUACCUCAAGGAGCGCAUCCGCAACGCCAUCGAUCGCAAGAUUCAGAUCCUUCAGCCCCCGAACGCCUGGCAAGCUGUCGUUCAAGGUGCUGUUAUGAAGGGCCUCGCCCAGGCCUCUCCCAGCCAGCUCACGCAAGUACGCAUCCAAAACCGCAGAGCCCGCAAGCACUACGGCACGCAGUGGCGCACGCGUUACGAAGAGAGACAGCACGGUCACCUCCGCGACAAGCGUCAUUGGUGCGGCCUCGACGGUUGCUACAAAGUCUACACGAUGGAGUACAUGGUUCGAAGGGGCGAUGCCGUGUCCGAGACGGACGCAUACUACGUCUCGUUUGUGUGGACGGGCCUUGUGAGCCAGGGGCGCAUCAAGAAAGUCAAAAUGGACAUCUACGCCGACGGCACGUCCUCCGUUGCGCCAGUUGCGCGCAACGACAACACGAAGCUGCUCUGCCAUGUCGAGGCCGACGUAAGCCACAUCCCCGAGUCGCAACUCGAUCGCCGGCAAGGCAAUGACGGCGAGGCAUACUACGAGCUUGAGUGCAAGAUUGAGGCCAGGUUCCACUCGGCAUCAACUGAGUACACUCUGUUGUACAACAGUAAGUGGUCUUUGCAAAGACGAGUGGAUGAUUUCGAACUAACGCCCCCAGACCAGCGAUACAACACCGUCACUGCAGAGUAUGUAUAG